UCAACAGAAUGGUUCAGAGAGAAAACGUUGUUUAGCUAAAACCAGCUGGGACUGACUCUUGUGAGGCUGACAAAUAUUUUCUAUUCUACUGAAGCACAUGUAACCAGAUAUCUGAGUUUGGUAAUCAUCUUCAAUACAAAAAAAUGUGCUUUCUGCAUGUAUGCUAAGGCCAAGGCAAAAUAUAUCCAGUUUUGCUGAGAUAACUGGGAUGAGAUCCUACUGGUGAUCUACAUGAACUUUUUGUUUAUUGAAUAAACAUUAAUAUCUAACAGCCUCAUGGUUAAUAGAGUUACACAAAGUCACAUGCUGGAAUAAGGCAAUAUGCCGAUUAACGAUAUGAAGACUUCUGUUUCUGAGCAAAGUGAAAAUAGAACUGUGCGCUCGCCUCUUGCUAAAGAAGACCCUAGAGUUUUAAGAAUACUAAAGGAAAAUCUAAAAGUAGACACUCUGUGCCCUGAAAUACAAGUUCAUGAAUAUUUUGAUGAAUAUUUGAAGAGUGAUUUCAAACCUGAAGAGAAACAAAACACAUCUUGUGAUGUGGACUAUUUAUUUUUCUUUUCAAGGAGUAUCUUUGCAUGUUCUGCUGUCUUUGUACUGAAUACAAUAUUACCCUAUAGACUUGGGGCUUGGGAAAAGGCUGCAUUGACUGGGUCAAUCUGUUUUGUAGUUUACUGUUUCUCUGUUCAUAAACGCAGUUCAGGAAAACUAAAUGUCAUGAAGACCUCAAUCUAUGGUAAUGAUAAAAAUGUUAUCAUCGAUACAUUAGACAAGUACUUUAUGAAGUACCAGAGAAGACAGCAACGAAAAAAUACACACCAGGAAUGGAAGGCCUUUUUGGAAGAUUUCUGCACAGAGGUGACUGAGGUCACUCUGAGUGCUUUGCAAUGCAAUAAAAAAGACAGCAUCAAGCUUGUAAAUGACUGGGCAAAUGCUGCAUUUUGCCAUCUGGUUCUUGUCAAGGAAAUGGUUCAGUUAGGGGAAGCAGAAAGUCAUGACUUCAUAGACACUGCUGUAUUCUACCGAAGAAGAGUUAAGGAAGUGCUACAAAAACUGGAAAGAAACGUAGCACCAAGGGUUGUAAAGGGUGAUGACAACAGCAUACAGAUAAAGAAUGAUGUAAUUGGAGCAAUCACAAAAGUCCCAGGAAAUGAUCCUGUAGUGGUACAAAUUCUCAUGCACCCCUUUAGGGAGACUCUGAAAGAGUGGAUGAAUAACCUAAUUAAGGAUCUUGAGAGUCAUUUCCAGUCUGUUCUUCAUCAAAGCAAAUUAAAAUAACCCAUCUCCCAGCAACCCCACGAUAAUGUACUGUAUAAGCUUGUGACUAGCAAAUGAGGCAAAGAAAAUUAAGGAAAAUAUGUUUUAGGCAAACUCUUUUAUUUCACUAUUACCUAGUUCUGUACAUGUCAGCAUUACAAACUGGAUUACUACAGUAAAAUAUGAAUAAUUUAAGCAAAAAUAUGCAUUCAGAACCUCUGUGUUAUAUUUAAUACAGGACAUAUAAUGUUGUCUUUGCAGUAUAGUUAAGUCACUACCAUUUAGAGGGAACUCACAAUGCACACAUAUGUACACACAUACACAAACAUUCACACCCAUAUAUAUGGCUUAUAUAUAUGCAUGCAAUUUUAUACAUGCAAACAUAUCUGUAUAUCUUCAUCUAUAUUUUUAUAUAGCUGAUUUGUAUGUAGUAGUCUGUAGUACAGUCACAGUGGUUUCCCUUUGGUUGUGGUUGUGGGACUGUGGUGUCAGUACAUUUAAGUAAGGGGUGUGACGUGUGUGGGGGAAUCUUUGAAAACUUGACAUAGGUGCAUGAACUGAGGAACAGACACACUUUAUGCUGGAAAGUGAACAAUUGAAAAAGUAUACAUCUAGCUACUUUGGCAUAUUUCAGACACAAAUCAGGUAUGGAAUGUUGAAGAAUAAAGUUAAUGAAGGCAUCUUUAAUUUGACUGCAGUCAGCAACAUUAGAUGGUUGAGCCUGUUAUAUAU